AUGGGCGAAUUCUCCCUCCAGCACCCGCAGGACCACGCCUCCGCCUCCGGGCCUUCCGCGGGGGCCGGCGACGGACGCGGGCUCCGGCAGCGGCGGCGCUCCUCGUCGGCGGCUUCGGCGCUCGCGCGCGCCGCCGCGUCGGCCGAGCACAAGCUGGCCGGCGCGGCGCGGCAGCUGCUGCUGGGCUGGGACGAGCUGCCGGCCUGGCGCCGCGACAACCAGUACAUCGCGACCGGGUACCGCCCCGAGAGCGGCAGCUUCCAGCACUCGCUCGCCUCGCUCUUCUACGUCCACAACGAGUCCGUCAACAUCUGGACCCACCUCCUCGGCGCCCUCACCCUCCCCGCCGCCGGCGCCGCCUGGCUCGCCGCCGCCCUCGCCCCCGCCGUCCUCGUCGUCGAGGCCGCCUCCGCCCGCUACCCCUCCGCCGGCGCCGACGACGUCCUCGCCUUCGCCUGCUUCUUCGCCGGCGCCCUGCUCUGCCUCGGCAUGAACGCCAUCUCAAACCACUCCCCCGAGGUUGCCAAGUGGGGGAAUAAGCUGGAUUACUCGGGUAUCGUAUUCUUAAUCGUAGGGAGCUAUAUCCCGGCGCUGUAUUACGGCCUAUUCUGCUUGCCAGAUCUCAGGACGGUAUACCUGUGCGCUAUAUUCCUCUUGGGUCUCGGCUGCGGCAUGGUGUCCUGGAUCGAGAGGUUCCGGACGCCACUCUGGCGGCCCUACCGCGCGGCCAUGUUCGUUGGUCUCGGUGUCUCCGGCGUGGUGCCUAUCUGUCACGCCCUUUGUAUCUACGGCUACCGCGCCCUCGACGAGCGCAUGGGCCUUAGCUGGGUUCUCUUGCAGGGCUUUCUCUACAUUUUCGGAGCUUUCCUUUACGCAGUCCGAUGGCCCGAGCGAAGCUUCCCGCGGACUUUCGAUAUCUGGGGCAGCUCGCACCAGCUGUUCCACAUCCUCAUCCUGCUCGCCGCCGUGUCGCACUUUAACGGGAUGGUUAAGGCGUUCGAUUAUCACCACAGUGUUCUGGGGGGGCAAUGCUAG